CAGAAAAAAACAGUUCACUAUUUAUUUCUUCCCUAUUUUCCAGGGUUUCACUGAUUCAAAGCUUUUGUUUUCUUUUUAUUAACCAAAAAACAUUUUUCUUUGUUGGCUGUUUCUUGACCCCUUGUUAUUCUUCCCCUUUUUCUUUAACUGUCCAAAUUUUUAUUGCAGACCCUUUUCUUUAAUUGAAGUUCAUGUCUAAUUUGUAUAAUCAUAACUUGAAUUUCUCACCUGCUAGAGCUGUUUCUCCUCAUAUUAGAACCAACCAAGAUGUUGAUAGUCAGUACAUGACAGAGCUGUUAGCAGAAAGGCAGAAGCUUGGACCCUUUACUCAAGUUCUUCCAAUAUGUAGUAGACUCUUAAAUCAAGAAAUACUAAGACUUUCGGGAAUGAUUCCCAACCAAGUACUUAGCGACUAUGACAGACUACAACGUGGAAGCCCUAGUCCUGUAUCUUCAUUCGACAUGAUGCAACAUGUCGGAGGAAAAGGUUUAGGUGGAUGGAAUGGGAAUGGAUGGAAUGCCUUUCAAGAGCAAAGAUUAGGUGUACCACAGGGAAGGCCCAUCGACUGGCAAGCUUCACCAGGAAGUCCAAGUUCAUUUCUUGUGAAGCGGAUAUUGCGUUUGGAUAUACCAGUCGACAGAUAUCCAAACUUCAACUUUGUUGGACGGCUUUUAGGACCUCGAGGCAAUUCUCUGAAGCGGGUGGAAGCGUCUACUGGAUGUCGCGUAUUUAUAAGAGGACAGGGUUCAAUAAAAGACCCCGAAAAAGAGGAGAGUUUGAGAGGCCUUCCAGGUUAUGAGCACCUUAAUGAGCCACUGCAUGUUCUACUUGAGGCAGAAUUACCCAUCAAUAUAGUUGACGCACGGUUGAAACAAGCUAGCCAAAUUAUUGAAGAGUUGCUCAGACCUGUGGACGAGUCGCAGGACUUGUAUAAAAGACAACAGCUUAGAGAACUUGCUGUGCUGAAUAACAAUUUUAGAGAAGAGAGUCCCCAACCAAGGGGUAGUGUAUCUCCUUUUAAUUCAAGCGGGAUGAAACGAGCCAAAACUGGUUGGUGAUGGAUGCUAAGUUUUUCCUAUUCGUGAUGCAUUUGUACGCUUGGGAUUAAGGCGUAGCUGUUAGUGAUGGUGCAUUUGCAUAGCGGCUUGGCAACUUCAGACCUAAAUGCAGCUAAGUUAUGCGCCUUUAACGUGACGAAAAUAGUAUGUGUCAAAGAAAUGCAGCAGACUGAAGACAGCAUCAAACUGAUUUCUUGACUGUAGUUGUUUGUGUUAAAGUAGAAUGAUUAUUUGAUUUGUUUGUUAUUGACAAAGCUAGUUGACAAGGGUGGUUUCUUUUCCUUUUUGGGUUUUGUAAUUUUUAUUACAUCCUUUGUUAAAUAUAGAUUGCUCUAUGUAAAUCCCAUUAUGUGGAUUUAAGAUCAUGUUAUUCUCUAA